UUUAUAACAACUUCAUACGUAUCAAAUGUUUUGAACAUGUAGUAUAUCUCUCCCUCUUUCUCUCUUUUUGUGAAUCUUAAAAUUUGUAUUGCCUAGAUGCUUGUUUAUGUGGCAACAUCAUUGGACCUAAGUUGGUUUCUUGAGUUGUUUGGUUCCACUGAAAAGGAAACACCCAUUUGUGAUCAUGGCAAUAAAGUUGAUGAAUCUAAUUCGUCACGAGGUUACAUAUUAUUCACAAUUUUGAUUGCUCUUGUGUUGUUGAAGUUUUAUUGGACCGGAGAAAACAAAGAAAUCAAUUCCAAUAUCAAUGAGGCUGAUGAUGAAGAAGAAGAACCGGAGUAUCCUGCAGACGAACAUCAGCUCAGUCACCGGGCAUCCGAGCACCGCGGUGCGUCUCCAAGAAACGUUAUUCCGUGUGCCUUCUGUGGCAAUUCAAGCACCACAAGAUGUGCUCGCUGCAAGGUUGCUAGAUAUUGCUCAGGAGGAUGCCAAAUAGAACAUUGGAGGUCAUGGCAUAGAUAUGAAUGCAUUGAAUUAGAGAGUGAAAAAGAUGAAGCAAGAAAUGUUGAUCAACACCAAACCCAUAUGCUUGUCGACGACAAGUAUGAUAAUGAGAAUAUCCGUAAUGUGGAGAUGAAUGUAUCAAGUAGCAGCAGUAGUGUGAAGAACUGUGAAUCUGAUGUUGGGUGUGAACAAUGUGGAAGACCAAGUACCACCAAAUGUUCACGAUGUAAAUCUGUCGGAUACUGCUCUACAAAGUGUUUGAUUACCAACUGGAGAUGGCAUAAAUAUAAUUGCACUGCAGGAGAUGCCAAUUCAGCUCAACCAGAAACACCUAAUGGAAAUGUUGAAUUGCUCAAUCACUCAAAUGAAGAACAAGAGAAUAUUCAUUCACCUAGGCCACUUUAUUUGGAGCUUCAUCCUGUUACUACAACUACCAAUGAAGCACAAGUGCAUAAAACUCAAUGGGGGGAACAUAUUGAAGAUGAACUAGUAAAGUCUAGGAAGGAGAACUUGGAACUAAGGUCAGAGCGUGACGAGUGGAAGAAGCGGGCGAGUUUCGCUAGAGAAAGAUUUCAAAGUUUCAAGGAAGAAUCUGAAAAACAAAUUGCAGCACAAGAUAACAUUGCAGAGAAGAGAAAGUUAGAAAAACAUAUACAAAUGGUAGAGAGCGAAUGUACUAAGCUGAAGAAAGAGCUAGAAGAACAACACAAAGAUAUUCAAUAUCUUACACUAGAAUCUAAUAGGAGUCACGAGAUGGCACAAAUUGCCAUAAGAGAAGUUGAAGCAAUAAAACAAGAGCUUAUAGAAGAGCGAGAAAAUGUUGAACGAAUUAAAGCGAAUUUUACUAGAGAUAUUACAUUCUCCAACUCAAAAGCUAUUGUCGCUGAGGCAAAACUCAGUGAUCUUCAGAGAAAAAUAAAGUUGAGAGAGUAUAAGGCAUGCACUAUAUGUCUGACUAAUGAGAAGGACAUGGCCUUUGGGUGUGGACACAUGACUUGUAGAGACUGUGGAUCAAAAUUAUCAAAGUGUCCAAUAUGUCGACAGCAGAUUUCAAGUCAUAUUAAAUUGUUUUCUGGCUAACUCACUGUUUUUGAGUACUUUUUUGUGGCCACCAAAUAUAUCUUGUACAUAGAUUUUCAUACACUCAUAGUGCCACAAAGCAACAUAUAGUUUACAAUUAAAGGAAGGUAGGAUCAACUAUAAUUUCUUCUAUUGUUGUUAGACAACUAAACUAAACUUGAAAUGUACAAAUGACAAUAAACAUAGAAUGUGUCAAGAAUUUCAACAUAUAAUAGAAUAGAAAGUGACAUUUUCAUUUGAUAUUAAUCCUAAUACACAUAUACUUUCAUUUGAUAUUAAUCCUCAAUACACAUAUACUUUCAAGCUCCUAUCAAAUACCAUCUUCACUUUCAAGCUCCUAUCAAAUACCAUCUUCAGUAGAAACAUCUGUUAGACGAUAGGAAUGGUCUAGAGGGAGGUGAAUAGACCACCUUUUUGACUUAAAAAAAUUUUAGUUUUUUAAACGUGACUUCCCUGAAUCACUUAAUCGUCUAAGAGCGAUUGCGUUAUCGGGGACCGGAUAUGUGCACUAAACCGAAUGGAUGAAAAGUGGCAAAUAAUGAAUUACGUUUUAACGAAUAUAUCAAUUGCUUCAAUUUCACACUAGAUGGUAUAUUACUC